CUCAGUGCAGUGGGGUUGAUGAUCGGAUUUUCGUCUCGUUCUCUGUGUUGUUGUUCUCGGUGACGCGACGGAGGUGUAGCCUGACGCGGUCUCUUACGUGUCGGCCUGAAUAAAAGUGGAGCUCCGAGGGCUCGAGAGUGACGGAGGGAGUCUGUAUCGAUUUCUGCAGAAGCAGAGAGUGAAGACUCACCAGGGUCAGUGGACUGUGUGAAAAUUUUGUCUGGGCUUCCCUCUUAUAGCUAACUCAAUGACCAUGGAGUCGGGAGCCGAUGCCCAGCAGGGUGCAGACACUGCGGUCUCUGAAACUGAGAGCCAACAGAUCACACAGGCCCAAAUCGCCACACUUGCACAGGUAACGAUGGCUGCCGGACACGCUAGUGCUACAGCACCCACAGUCACACUGGUGCAGUUGCCCAAUGGUCAGACAGUGCAGGUGCAUGGAGUGAUUCAGGCUGCUCAACCUUCAGUCAUUCAGUCACCACAGGUGCAGACUGUCCAGAUUUCCACAGUAGCAGAGAGUGAGGACUCGCAGGAGUCAGUGGACAGUGUGACCGACUCUCAAAAACGAAGAGAGAUUCUUUCUAGACGCCCCUCGUAUAGGAAAAUCCUGAAUGACCUCUCAUCGGACGCUCCAGGAGUUCCGAGAAUCGAAGAGGAGAAAUCUGAGGAGGACACUGCGCCUGCCAUCACUACAGUGACCGUGCCAACCCCAAUAUAUCAGACCAGCAGCGGCCAGUACAUCGCCAUUACACAGGGUGGAGCCAUUCAGCUUGCAAAUAACGGCACGGAUGGAGUGCAGGGAUUGCAGACUCUCACCAUGACCAAUGCAGCAGCAGCUCAGCCGGGUACCACCAUCCUGCAGUACGCCCAGACCAGUGAUGGUCAACAGAUACUGGUGCCCAGCAAUCAAGUGGUAGUACAAGCUGCUUCUGGAGAUGUUCAGGCCUAUCAAAUUCGUACUGCCCCAACCAGCACUAUCGCUCCAGGUGUGGUCAUGGCAUCCUCUCCGGCCCUGCCAAGCCAAGGAGGUGCUGAGGAGGCCACACGCAAGAGGGAGGUCCGCCUCAUGAAGAACAGAGAGGCUGCUCGUGAGUGCCGUCGGAAGAAAAAGGAAUACGUCAAGUGUCUGGAGAACCGUGUGGCCGUUUUGGAGAACCAGAACAAAACUCUCAUCGAGGAACUCAAAGCACUCAAAGACCUGUACUGUCACAAAUCAGAGUGAUGUACCACCUGUUCUCCCUUCAUUCUGGCAGACUUACGUGUACAGAGACUAAAGGGCGAGUCAGCCAGACACGGACGCAUGUUUUCUAAAUGUUUUCUUAUUUUAAAUUGCUGCAGACUGCCUGUAUGAACACAAAAGUUUGUGAGGGAACUGAACAGAAGCCCCAUGGCCAACACAAAUCUCCUCUUGAUCUAUUGGAUCAUGUCAUUAAAGACAAAAAAAAAAAAAAAAAAAAA